AUGUUGCAUGAAGUAAGGUCUCAACAAGUGUUUGAAAUAGGGAGGUUUCUUUUUGAGCUAGAGGGGAUUCUGUUGGAUUUUGGUGAAACUGAAUAUAUUAAGAUUUGUCGUUUAAAAGUUGGUCCGUAUGUGGAUUUACUCCAUGACGAAAAAGGUCGGUCAAAUUCAAAUCUUCUUACUCGGUUGUUCCCAUACAUUUCUGAUGCAUGUUUGCGGCUGAAAGAUUUAGAAGACUACAUUACGUUUCCGAAUUAUUUGUCACUUCAGGAUGAAGAUGUUGUAAUGCUUAUCCAACUUGUUUUUAUGCUAAAAGGUCUCCACGGACGGGACGUUAAAAUGGGUAUUCCCACGGCCAUAUACAAGCUUGCUGAUAAUUUAGAUGAUUGGAACAGGUUUGCAUAG